CAAAUUCUUUGUUUCGCUUCUAAACAUCGCUUCUUCUAACAGCAUAUGUCUCAGAGGCCUAACGUUCCACACUCUUGUUCUAUAGCCUUUGGUCUCCAUUCCCAUCUCCUUGUCUCCAGUGAGAUGAACCCAAACUCCAAUUGGUCUUCUUUCAUCAUCUCCAAUUGAUUUAAUUCCUUUCUUCCUUCAAAAUUUUCCCUGAAAAUUCUCUAACAAGAUCAACCACAUCCACCCCAUCUCUUCAAUUCCAGUGAUUCUUUCAAAGUAAGAAACUUUUUCGCAUAACUCAAAAUGGGUAUCAAAGGUUUCGUGGAAGGAGGCAUCGCUUCCGUGAUUGCAGGGUGUUCCACCCACCCUCUUGAUCUCAUCAAGGUCCGAAUGCAGCUGCAAGGAGAGACCCAAGCCUCGAACCUCCGACCCGCACUCGCCUUCAACCCUAGUUCCUCCCACGCGCCACCGCACCCGCCGGCCAAGGUGGGUCCCAUUACCGUAGGCGUUAAAUUAGUCCAACAAGAAGGCGUCGCAGCCCUUUUCUCCGGCGUCUCCGCCACCGUCCUCCGUCAGCUUCUCUACUCCACCACCCGCAUGGGGCUCUAUGACAUGCUCAAGACAAAAUGGUCCGAUCCCAAUUCUGCCAGUGGAAGCAUGCCGCUGACCCGUAAGAUCGCGGCAGGACUAAUCGCCGGUGGAAUUGGUGCCGCAGUGGGAAACCCCGCUGACGUGGCAAUGGUCCGCAUGCAAGCCGACGGAAGACUCCCGCCGGCUCAACGUAGAAAUUACAAAUCAGUAAUUGAUGCCAUCGCAAGGAUGGCAAAAGACGAGGGCGUCACCAGUUUAUGGCGCGGCUCAUCGCUUACAGUGAACCGCGCCAUGUUGGUGACGGCAUCGCAAUUGGCUUCUUACGACCAGUUUAAAGAGAUGAUUUUGGAAAAGGGCAUAAUGCGUGAUGGGCUUGGAACCCACGUAACUGCAAGUUUUGCGGCGGGGUUUGUAGCGGCGAUUACGUCGAACCCCGUCGACGUGAUCAAGACGAGGGUUAUGAACAUGAAGGUGGAGCCUGGGGCAGCGCCGCCGUAUUCCGGUGCUGUCGAUUGCGCUUUGAAGACGGUGCGCGCAGAGGGCCCGAUGGCUCUUUACAAGGGUUUUGUCCCGACGAUUUCGAGACAGGGACCCUUUACGGUUGUGCUGUUUGUGACGUUGGAACAGGUUCGUAAGUUGCUUAAGGAUUUCUGAGCGGAGGAUGAUGGCGAAAAACAAGAUGUUUCGAGAGAUUUAGUUAAAUUUUUUAGAGAGUUAUUGUUUAGUUUUAAGAUCCGUGUUAUUUAGUUAAGUAAUGCUAAUGAGCAUUAUCUUAUAAGAUUGUUUAGUUUUGAUGAGAUUGUUUCAUGAAAUCCAACCCCUUCGCUAAUAUUGCCAAAGUUGAAUGAGAUUAGAUGCAGAUAAUAUGAUGAGGCA